CAUUCAAAGAAAAAAGAGGCCCAAGAUCAAUCAAAAAGUAGAAAUUAUUUCUACUAGUGACAGAACACAAUCUUUAACAGUAUAUAUAACACUGAUUCUGUUUAUCCAGGCCUAAUCCCCGAUUUUCGAUCUUCCAAUGGCUGCUCUUACUUCAGUGACUCCACACUCCUCUACCUCUAGUUUACAUCCGAAAUUCCAUUCUAUCCAUUUUGGUGUCUAUUUCAAUUCUACAACUGAAAGUAAUAAUAAUUUGAAACAAGUCAGGUUUUCAAGCAGGAGACUAUCCUUAGACUCCAUCUCUUCAUCAGGCCUCAGAAUUCGGGCUGCAGCAACCAAGCCUGCAAAAUCACCAGCUGAAGAAGAGUGGAAGAUUAAGCGUGAGGUUCUACUGCAGAAAAAGGUAAGGAGUGUGGAUGUGAAGGAAGCAUUGCGCCUUCAGAAAGAAAACAAUUUUGUUAUUCUUGAUGUAAGACCAGAAGCAGAAUUCAAAGAGGGUCAUCCACCAGGUGCUAUUAAUGUCCAAAUAUAUCGACUCAUAAAGGAAUGGACUGCGUGGGACAUCGCUAGGCGUGCCGCAUUUGCAUUUUUCGGCAUCUUUUCCGGAACGGAAGAAAAUCCUGAGUUCAUACAACUUGUGGAAUCAAAAUUAGAUAAAAGCUCCAAGAUAAUAGUGGCUUGCUCAUCUGGGGGGACAAUGAGACCAUCUCAAAAUCUUCCAGAAGGCCAGCAGUCAAGGUCACUGAUAGCAGCCUAUUUGCUGGUCCUCAACGGUUAUACCAAUGUAUUCCAUUUGGAAGGUGGGCUCUAUACCUGGUUCAAAGAAGGAUUACCUUCAGAGGCUGACGUAUGAAGGUCUAUGUGAAGGAUGAUUUUUAGAUAGACUCCACAUUUCACCCUUAUUUACAUUCGGAUUGGCUUUAUCUACGUCGCUAGAGUUUCUUUAAUUAGAAACGACCUUUGGAGGCUUCUAUCAGUUAAGCUACAGUUUUAUGUAUCAAAUAGUUCCUCUAUAUUCCCACGUUGAGAUUAGAUAGCUGCACUGAUGAUUCUGAUUAUUAUCCAACGUUGCUUUAACAAA